AUGAGCCUAGUCGAAAACAAGUCCAUCGUCCGAGUUGCAGUGACCCAGCACGAGCCUGUAUGGCUUGAUCUUGAGAGAAAUGAAGCUUCAACAGCUGGCGCCAAACUUGUCGCUUUCCCUGAAACCUGGAUACCUGGGUAUCCAGCAUGGUUUUGGGACAGACCAGUCGAUUUCGAUCUUGGAGUUCGAUAUGUGCAAAACUCUUUGAAGAUAGAAAGUUCAGAAAUGAAACGUAUAUGCGAUGCUGCUGCAGUGAAUAAGAUUAGCGUGUCGCUCGGUUUCUCCGAACGUGAUGGAGACUCCGUGUAUAUCUCCCAAGCCUUGAUCGAUGAGAAUGGUGAGAUUAGAAUGAAAAGACGCAAGAUGAAACCAACACAUAUGGAACGCACCGUAUACGGAGAUGGAUCUGGAGAUAGCUUGGCAAGCGUCAUCGAACUACCUGGUGUGGGAAGGAUAGGAUGUCUCUCAGGCUGGGAACACAACCAGCCUCUACUAAAGUACUUUACUUUUUCCCAGCAUGAGCAGAUUCACGUCGCUGGAUGGCCCCCAUUGGAUCCAUUUGUUGGAGGAUCUCCUGACUUCUGGUCCAUGUCGGCUGAAGGAGCGCUUAACCAAUCGCAGACGUAUGCGAUCGAAUCUCAAUCGUUUGCACUACAUGCAACAGCAGUGCUCAGUGAAUCAGGCAUUGACGUGAUGAGGACCAAAAGUAGUCCAAUAAUGGGGCAGCCGUUGGGUGGCUGUUCUGCCAUUAUUGGGCCCGACGGCCGUGUUCUCCACAAAGCAAAUACUCCAGAAGAGGAGCUCAUCAUCGCAGAUUUGAAUCUGACUGACUGA